AUGGGCUCUAUUCCCGAAUCUGCAUCUCGCAUUGUGCACCUGACCAAGGUUCUCAGUCAAACUGUCGCCGAUUUGGAACGUGUUCUAGCUGAACACGGGCAGCCCACGCCGUCUUUCGAUGCAGACUCACCUACUCCAUUCCCGACUGAGACAGAUGAUCUCCGCGACACUGCUCUCGAUGCGGCUGCCGAGAUCUAUGAUCUGCUCAUGGAGCCCAUGGCUUUGCUGUACAAAAAGACAGGACACAAUAAUAUGAUCUGCCUUCAGACCAUCACCCGGUUCAAAAUUGCGAGCAUGAUACCAGCGGAUGGGAAAGUAUCCUUCGCAGAAAUUGCGGCGCAAAUAGACGGGUUGAGUGAACAAAUGGUUUGCCGCAUGCUUCGACACGCCAUGACCCUGCGCGUCUUCCGAGAGCCCACGCCUGGCAUGGUCGCCCACACCCGUGCUUCAAAGGCUUUGACCCACCCCAUCAUGAACGCCUGGCUCCGAAACGGCUCUCACGAGAUGUGGCCUGCUGCUGUCAAGAUGCUGGAUGCUCUUCAAAAAUGGCCAGACUCAUCGGAGCCAUCACAGACGGGCUUCGCGUUGGCCAAUGGUCAAGAGGCAUCUGCGUUCGAGAUCAUCGGCAGUGAUCCCGAGCGUGCUGCAAGGUUCGCCACCGCCAUGAGCAUCUACGCCACCAAACCUGAAUACUCAGCGGCCUUUCUCACCGACCACUAUGACUGGGCAUCUCUGGGCCCAGGGCAGGUUGUUGCCGUGGGCGGCGCCAGCCAUCUACAAGUUCUCAUUGAACUGGCCCGACGCUUCGAAAACGUUGAAGUGACCGUCCAGGAUGCGCCCCCCAUCGUGUCGCAAUUUGUUGACGCCGUACCGGCCGAACUCGAAGGUCGUCUUCGUUUGGCUGCCCACGAUCUGUUCGCACCUCAAAGCGCGCAUGGCGACAUCUUGCUCUUGCGCUGGACGUUGCACCUAUGGUCCAACGAGUACUGUAAAAAGAUCCUCCGCGCGCAGAUUCCCGCGUUAGGACCAAACACAAGGAUGAUCAUCCAGGAUUCUUGCAUGCCUGAGCCCGGGACUGUGGCGCUGUGGCGGGAACAGGAUUUAAGGGCAAGUGAUAUCCACAUGGCAAAUCUUUUCAAUGGUCAGGAACGAACGGUGCAGGAGUGGAAAGACUUGUUGAAAGAGGCAGACCCAAGGUUUGUGGUUCAAAAGGUAGUCGAGCCCAAAGGGUCUGCUUUGGGCAUUUUAGAAGUUGUCUGGCGUGAAACUGAGUAG